AUGGACUCUGCUAUUAAUCAUAUACAUACAUAUGGAAGUGGUCAUACAGAAGUGAUCGUUACUGAAAACAGCGAAGCCGCUUCGAAAUUCCAAAGAGAUGUGGAUAGUGCUUGUGUAUUCCAUAAUGCUAGCUCAAGGUUUGCAGAUGGAUUUAGAUUUGGUUUGGGCGCCGAGGUGGGCAUCAGCACCGCCAGGAUACACGCACGAGGUCCCGUGGGCGUCGAAGGACUUCUGACAACCAAAUGGAUACUGAAGGGCGACGGUCACGCGGCUGCCGAGUUCGCAGAAGGCGGCGGCAGGACAUACGUUCACGAACACUUGCCCGUCGACAACUAG